AUGGACCGAGUCGCCUACAGCGGCGACAACACUUUCGCCACGAAGCGCGCUAGGAGUUCGUUCGAGGACCGCGGCAGCUCAGAGCCGGACGAACGCUACCCGGAGAGCUUCUACGAGGGACGACAGCCGCUUAUGUCGGACGCGCAGUUCCGGCAAGCGGUCACGGAAGUGUACCGCGACUUCUUCGACAACUACACGGCGCACAUGUACUCCAACGUGGCCGGCCCGGACGCCAGGGAAUAUGUUCUGUGUACGCUCAAGGACAGCCUCUGCGAUUCCAUGUGGCGACUCCUGAACUUCCGCGGCAAGGGGUUCACGAGCGUUGCGGAUCUGAAGAACGAAGACUACUCUUGCGGAAACCGUCUUUCGACAUCCGCAAUUUCGAGCUUCUCCACACGGAAGGUGCGGGUCCAAAACUUUUUGGGGCCGCACCCGCAUAUCCUCUCGCAGGAAGAAGAUCGGUUGAGCUUGAUCCGCUACCUCAACCUCUCACAUCCGCACAUCCUCUUCCGUUCUCCUCGACGACCGAUCAGCACGUUGGACGGCAUUAUGGUACGAAGCUUUCCGAACAUCGUCAUCACGGGCACGCCCGGAACGGGCAAGUCGACGCACAGCUCUCUGCUCGCCUCCACCUACUCGCCCUCUGGCUCGUCAUCGCAUCCGCUACGCCAGAUCGACGUCGGAGCGGUGGUCAAGGCCGAGGGCUUCUACACGGAAUUUUUGGAAGAGUGGCAGAGCUACGAGGUGAACGAAGAUCAACUUUUGGAUCAUCUUGAACCGCUUACCGGGACGAUAGCGCCCGAGCCCACGGAAUCGGAAGACUACGACGAGAUGGAAACCAACCAGGCCAAGCAGCAGAGCGAAGAGGAUGAAGAGAGAGGCGGGCUGGUGCUGGACUGGCAUACGUGUGAUGUGUGGCCCGAGAGAUGGGUUGAUCUCGUUGUGGUGCUGCGCUGCGACCAUACGGUGCUCUGGGACCGACUCGAAAAGAGGGGCUAUCCGCUCAACAAGAUCCAGGAGAACAAUCAGGCCGAAAUCAUGGGUGUGGUCGCCGACGAUGCUCGCAACUCGUACCCGGCCGAAGCUGUCGUCGAGCUCACAAGCCAGGAGUCGGGCGAUGUAGAGGAAAACGUAGACCGGAUCAUUGCAUGGAUCAAUGCCUGGAGACAGGCGCGUGGGCUCGAGUGA